AUGUCAGACGGCUCAUCAACUCAGACGUCGCACAGACUUCCCAUCUGGGUUCUUGGUCCCAGAGAAGAGAAAGAAGCUCGUCAAAACCUUAAAAAAUUCGCGUACGGGCAGUGCUCAGAAUACGUGAAAGCCAUGGUUGAGUGUUCAAAACUCCACGGACUAAAACUUUUUCCAGCUUGCGAGUCUCAGCGAGACAAGAUGGUUGAGUGUAUAAAGUCCUUCCAAGGGGACGAAUACUUGGACCAACAACGCGAUCAGUUAGUGCAGCGCAAGAUCGGUAAGCUAGAGGAACGACUACAGCAGCAGCAGCAGCAACAACAACAACAACAGAGUAAAUAA